CAGUCACUCCGGUCAGCUGAACGUUUAUAAACCAGCGUGUAACGUGGUUAGUUUGUGAGCGACGUAGCUGAAACCAGUCCAACAUCUCCUUACAUUGAGAAAACGGUUACUAAUUUCUUUGCUUGCAGUGUGCUUUCUUCAGGUUAAAAUGAAUUGUAAGCUGAAUGUUUUUGACAGCAAAUUGGUCAUUGACGAAGACUGCUUCUUAUUUACGUCCGAGUCUGUUGGAGAAGGUCAUCCUGAUAAAAUUUGUGACCAGAUCAGUGAUGCUGUGUUGGAUGCUCAUCUUGCACAAGACCCUGAUGCCAAGGUAGCAUGUGAGACUGUUGCGAAGACGGGGAUGAUCCUGCUGGCAGGGGAGAUCACGUCCAGAGCCCACGUGGACUACCAGAAGGUCGUCAGAGAGACACUCAAGCAUAUUGGCUAUGACGACUCUUCCAAAGGCUUUGACUAUAAGACCUGCAAUGUGCUGGUGGCUUUGGAGCAGCAGUCCCCUGACAUUGCUCAUUGUGUCUACAUGGAUCGUACAGAGGAGGACGUGGGUGCCGGUGACCAGGGUCUGAUGUUUGGUUACGCAACUGAUGAGACGGAGGAAUGUAUGCCGCUUACCGUCAUGCUUGCUCACAAGCUCAAUGCCAAGAUGGCAGAAUUGCGCCGCAAUGGAGCGCUGCCAUGGCUCCGACCUGAUUCCAAAACUCAGGUGACUGUUCAGUACAAGCAGGAUCGUGGUGCCAUGGUGCCGUUGCGUGUCCACACUGUUGUGAUCUCUGUGCAGCACGAUGAGUGUGUAAAUUUGGAUGAGAUGCGUCAGGCUCUGAAAGAGGAAGUGGUGAAAGCUGUGGUUCCCAGUUGUUACCUGGACAGUGACACCAUAUAUCACCUGCAGCCCAGUGGUCGCUUUGUUAUUGGGGGGCCGCAGGGCGAUGCUGGACUGACGGGGCGCAAGAUCAUUGUUGAUACGUACGGGGGCUGGGGGGCCCAUGGCGGCGGUGCAUUUUCUGGGAAAGACUACACAAAGGUAGACCGUUCUGCUGCUUACGCUGCCCGCUGGGUGGCCAAAUCUCUGGUGAAAGCUGGUCUCUGCAAGCGCGUGUUGGUCCAGGUGUCUUAUGCCAUCGGAGUGUCCCAUCCACUCUCCAUCUCCAUCUUCAGCUAUGGCACUUCCCAGAAGAGUGAGAGGGAAUUGCUGGACAUUGUGAAGAACAACUUUGACCUCCGUCCAGGUGUGAUCGUAAGGGAGCUGGACCUGAAGAAGCCCCUCUAUCAGCAUACGGCGGUUUAUGGCCACUUUGGACGCGAUGUGUUUCCAUGGGAGGUUCCUAAGAAGCUCAGAUACUGAAUCCUAUGUUUAAUCUCUCAGUGGGCUUUAGGUUUCCUGUCUGUCUAACCACCCGUCCUCCUCUGUACCUCAUCACUAUAGUUUCUGCUAAAUCUAGUCACACUCCUCCUCUCUGGUCUUUCUUGAAGACAUGCGUUUCAGGUUCAGAUUGGAAAACAUUCUUAAUACUUGAUGAUCAGGGGAACUUAUAUUUAGCAGUGCUGUGUUUAAUGUUGAUCAGUCACUCUGAGGGCUCACCUCUAACCUCUACCCAUGUUUUCGUAGCUUAUAUACUUAAGUUAGCGAUCAAAAUGAUGAGUAAGUGGCAUUCACUCCUUUUCUCAGUUUACUGUCAGAAAUAUCAGCUCACCCUUGAUUGCAUUUGAGAACGGAAAAAGGCACAAAUGAAGCGAGGAAUAUUCCAAGUGGCUCAGAGUCUGAUAUGCCAAAAAAGUUCAUAGUAAGCCAGUAAUUUAUAAUUGAGGUGAAACUAGUUUUCUUUUUUGUGCUGUCCCUCCAGGCCAUUUAUUUCUGACGUUUUACAGAGAAGUCAGAAGCUGCUAACCUAAUGGUUGUGCUGGGCGGCAUCAUGAAAUCACUCCGUUAUUGUAUCUUAUUUUGGCGUGUGAAUGUUCCAUAGCCGUCAAUAUUAUCUUUGACGGGAUAAAGGCGCAGCACUCGUCCCUUGUUCAGACAGUCACUCUGGGUGUAGCUACAGAGAAACCCAGGCUCAGUUACUGAUGCACCGGGGCUGCCUUUAUCUCAGGGUCACACUGUACUUGAAACUGUUUUUAAAGUAUGACAUUGGACUGUUUGGACACUUAACAAAGUAACAACUGUGAGCACAUUUUGUUGUUUGUCAUAAAUCCCAGUAUUUGUUGCUCGUGUAGGGAACAGACUCACCCUCACACCAAUAUCACAACCAUGGACCAGGAUGAAAGAGCCCAGUCAGAUAAAUUACAGUUUACAUGACUUUUAUCUUGUUAGAUUUCCAAUGUGUAGCAUUACACUUGUGGAAUUUAAAGCUACCGUGUGUGGGAUUUAGUGUUAUCUAGUGGUGGCUGUUGCAGAUUGCGUUAUGCCAUCACUGGUCACGAUUUUGUUUCCCUUCACAUUUUUGCUUCUUUCGCUACAGGAAUUCCUGCUCCCUUGCCUUCUCUUGUGAUAAGAAACAUGUAUGGUUCGCUAUUUCACAAAAAUGGCAGUUCUCAGUCUUGUUAGCCUGCACUAGCAAUCAGUAGACAGUGUACAGGGUAGAAAUCACUGAUUACAGUUCUCUUCUCCUCUCCGUCUUAUAGCCACUUUGCAGAAUGUGGAAGGUGGAGUUGUUUUUCUUUUAAUCUACCAAACUGAUGGUUAUGAAUGUCAGUGUUUUAUUAACUAAUCUUGAAUAGCACAUUUGACAUGAGUGUCUUUGUUGUACCUCUCAUUUUGAACACAACCUUGGUGAUAUACCAUACUUCAUUAAAAAAAAAAAAAAGGUACAUGGCAAAGGUUCUGUCCACAGUUCAACAUGAGGAUUUAUG